AUGUGGUAUGUUUUUUAUGAACUUUUUAAAUCAACAGAUAUAUUUUUAAUUGAAGAACAUUGGCUGUUUAAUUUUCAACUGAAUUUACUUAAUGAACUCAAUCAAAAUAUCUGUGGAAUUGAAAAAGAGGUCGAUGAUAAAGAUACAAUAAAUCCAACCAAUUUACCUCGUGGUUAUGGGGGAACAGGAUAUUUAUGGAAGAAAGAUCUCGACAAUUUUAUUAAUCCAUUAGAUAUUGGAAAUGAUAGAAUUUGCUGUGUUGAACUUUUAGGAUCUUCAAAGCUACUCCUAGUAUCUGUUUAUUUACCAUGUAAAGGAACACCAUUUGACUCAUUAGAAUUUUAUAACUAUGUUCCAACGUCGAGUAACUUUGACAUAACUUUGAUAAUAACAUUAUUGAGAAAUCUUACAGACAUGACUUCUCCUUGUGGAUUUGACCGUUUACCUACAGCAAUUCAAAUAACACCUGGUUCCGAUUUGGCAAGAAUAAAGUAUUAUAGGAACUAUUUAGCCCAUCUUGAUGACGCUAAGAUAGACAAUAAAUUUUGCCAAACUGCCUGGGAUGACAUAACGGAGGCCAUUGGUAGGUUAGGUGGAAUGCCCUUGAAGAAGGAAUGUGAUAAAUUGAAGACAAAGAUACUUAAUCAGGCAAAUGAAGAAAUUAUUCAGGACAUCAAAGCCUCAAAAGACGAAACUAUAGAACUGAAACAGUUGUUGGAGAAUUUAACAAAUACUCAUGAAUUUGAACAUAUAAAUAAAGAGAUUGAAGACUGGGAAAAGGGAGAUCAGAUGUUUGUUUCUACGACAGCUAGUGAGUACGUAAUGGAAUGUUUACAGGAAAACAGCUGCGUAACUUUAACUGGUUCAUCCGGAGUGGGAAAAUCUUUUACAGCAAGACAUGCAGCACUAGUUCUUCAGAGAGAAGGAUACAAAGUAAUACCAAUUUAUUCACCAACAAACAUACUAUAUUAUUAUGAUCCGGGUAAACAAACAGUGCUCAUUGUAGAUGAUAUUUGUGGAAAUUACACUGCAGACCAACAUCAGAUUGAGACUUGGGUCCAACUGUUACCUGUUAUUAACAGAAUUGUUGAAGACAAAUGUUGUAAGAUUAUUGUAUCUUGUAGAUUACAUAUUUACAAAGAUAAUAGAUUUAAUUUAUUAUCCCCUUUUAAAUCUUGUGAAUGUAACUUAAUAUCAGACGAAUUGUGUCUAACAUCUUUAGAGAAAACAAAUAUAGCUGACAUGUAUAUUGGUUCAAAUGUUAAAAAUAUUAAUGAGGUAGCAAAGCAAUAUGAUUUUUUUCCUCUUUUAUGUUUUCUUUAUCACAAUCAGAAAGAUGAUACAAUUAAUGUUAGCGAAUUUUUCGAACACCCGUUUGUUUUCUAUAAAAACGAAUUAGACAUACUUGGCAAAUAUAAGGUUUGCAGUCUUGCAUUUGUUGUUUUAUUUAAUAAUAGACUUGAAGAAAAAUGGUUCAAAGGUGAAGUUAAAGAUCAACAACGGCAGAUCCUUGAAGACACUUGUGAUGCUUGUGGAUUGAAUAGAAGCACCACCAAGACAGAACUUGAAGAGGCACUUAACACCUUAGAGGGUACAUUUAUGUGUAAAGAGAACGGUAUAUACAGAGCCUUACACGAUAAAUUAUUUGACUUCCUUGCUCAUUAUUUCGGUCUGAAAUAUUCUAAAUGUUUCAUAGACCACGGUAAUGACGAUUUAAUAGAAGGACGUUUUGUUUGGAAGAACUCAUUAAAUGCUAAGACCUUUAACAAUGAAUUUAUAAUUGAGAUCACAAAUGAUAAUUUAAAAUCAUAUUUAGGAAGGUUGAUAAAAGACUGGUCAAAAGGAAAGGUGAGAUAUGUGUUUCAUAAAAAAGAUAUGAAAGAGUCAUCAUUUCAACAACUUUUAUUACACUACUUACUGAAACUUGACAAAUCAAAUCAAACAGCAUUGACCAAUACCAACGACACAUAUGCAGCAACAGUGAUGAGUAGCACUCAGUGUAAUUUACAAAUAGGUGAAUAUCCACUUAUUUUUGCUUGUAAUCUUGGUUAUACUGAUAUGGUAGAGUGGAUUUUACAAACAAAUAUUGAUGUGAAUCAGCGUAGGAAUGAUGGAACUACUGGACUGUCUAUGGCAUGUCAGAAAGGGCAUACCACUAUUGUUAAUAUGCUAUUAAAGAAGAAUCCAAAUGUUGAUCUAUGCAACAGUUUCGGACAUAGCUCACUAUUCAAGGCAUGUCAGAAAGGACAUAGUGAUAUCGUCAAGCUGCUGUUAGAGAACAAUCCUAAUGUUAAUUUAUGUGACAGACAAGGCUUCACGCCGCUGACCCUGUCAUGUAGUAAUAACAACAUCAGAAUAGUCGAACUUUUAUUGCAACAUGGAGCAAACAUUGAUGCUCAAACACUUGAUGGUGGUAAUGCUUUAUAUUUCAGUUCAUUGGCAGGAAACCUAGAAAUAGCACAAUUAUUAUUAGUGAACAAUGCUGACUGUAAUAUAUGUAUCUAUAGUAAAGACCAUUUGACGAAUAUAUUUACAAAUCAUGCAAACAAAGAACUAGUGAGUGAAAGAAAUGAAAUAUUCCAUGCGUUAAUGAGUAAUGCACCACUAAAUGUACAAGAUUAUGUCAGGAACAAGCCAGGCCAUAAUGACAAUGAGAGUUCAGACGGUUAUAACGAAAUGAUAGAUUAUGCCUUUGAUGUAGUAGCAGGUUCUUCACCAUUACACAUAGCCUGUUUUAUGGGAAGGAUAGAUAUAGUCCGUUGUCUCCUAGACCACAAUGCUAACAUUAACAUGACAAAAGAAGAUGGCGUAACUCCAUUAUCGUACGCAUGUGAAGUAGGACAUGAGGAUCUAGUACGGAUACUGUUGGAAGAAUACGCUAACGUGGAUUCAUCUGACAAUGAUGGCUUUACACCUCUAAUCAAAGCAUGUUUAAAUAACCAAACCAGUAUAGUCAAGUUAUUAAUUGAGCGCAAACCUGAUAGCAAUGCCAAGACAUUUGACGGUGCCAUUUUUUUAUAUUUCAGUGCAUUGGCAGGAAACCUAGAAAUAGUACAGUUAUUACUAGAGAACAAUGCUGAUUGUAAUAAAUGCAUUUAUAGUAAAGACCGUUUGGUUGAUAUAUUUCCUAACCCAGCAAAACAAUUAUUAUCGUUUGAAGAAACAUAUAAAACAUACCAUGCAUACUUUGAAAAAGCAUAUGAAUCACACCAUGCGUUAAUGAGUAAUGCACCACAAAAUGUGCAAGAAUAUGUCAGAAACAAGCCAGGCCAUAAUGACAAUGAGAGUUCAGACGGUUAUAACGAAAUGAUAGAUUAUGCCUCUGGGGUAGUAGCAGGUUCUUCACCAUUACACAUAGCCUGUUUUAUGGGAAGGAUAGAUAUAGUCCGUUGUCUCCUAGACAACAAUGCUGACAUUAACAUUACAAAAGAGGAUGGAACAACUCCAUUAUCUUACGCAUGUGAAGUAGGACAUACUGAUGUAGUAAAGAUGCUUCUAGAGAGGAAACCUAACGUUGAUGCAUGUGACGAUGACGGCUUUACACCACUGAUUAAAUCAUGCUUAAAUAAUCACACCAGUAUAGUCAAGUUAUUAAUUGAGCACAAACCUGAUAUAAAUGCUAGAACAGUGGACGGUGGUAGUGCUUUAUAUUUCAGUUCAUUGGCAGGAAACCUAGAAAUAUUACAGUUAUUACUAGUUAAAAAUGCUAACAGUAAUAUAUGUAUCUAUAGUAAAUACCGUUGGAGGGACAUAUUUUCCUAUCAUGCAAAGAAGCCGUUAGCGAGUAAAAUAUAUGACUCAGUUAUGCACCACUAA